UUUAGUUUCCAUUUUCACCGCCAAAGGGCAAAAUUUCGACAUGCGAGUAGUUAUUUCUUCAACCGUUUGAAUUUAAAAGCCUUAUAAUUAAAACAAUUUCGUUAAUGUUUGUCCUGUUAAUGAUAAAAUAUUGUACUAACAAUUCACAUCAUGCAUAGUUUUGGUGAUUUGAGUCACAUAUCCGAUAUACAAAGUAUUUCACGGAUUUCUCGUUCGAAUUCUAGUAGAAUAAUAGGAAGAGUAGAUUCGUUGCAAAGUUUAUUUGAGCAACAAUGUAGUUUAACACAUAAUGCAAGUAGAAAUACUAUAAAUUCCACUUAUGGAUCUAAUCACAUAGAAAAGACUGUCAAAUGCCUUACCUCAUGUGAAGAAAGCAUAGGUGAACAUGUAAAAAGCAAAAUAAUUUUGGAGUGUAUUAAGGAAGCAUCGACAAAUGAAAAAAAGACAUUGUCUGAAGAUGUUGUUACUAAGUUGAAAGGAUUACUUUUAAUUCACAAGCUUAAUAAGUAUAUGCAUUUGCCAUCUACAUUAAAGGAUUUACAAGAAGAAUUAAGUAUUUUAGGAAUUACUGAUCUACCAAAAUAUAACUUCAGUUGUGAAGAAAUAUUAGAUAUUAAAUGCUAUGUAGAAACAUUGCUUAGAGACAGGAUACAUGAAAUUAUAUUAAGAUACGAGCAACUAGGAGGAAAUAUGAAAGAACUUUUAAGAUCAACUGAUUUUAAUACACAUAAAAAGUUAUUUGAACCUCAGGCAGUACGAAUAUUUCAUUGGAAAAAUAAAGUUGAAGAAUUAUAUGUAUCAUAUGAAGUAGAUAUUCUACAAUACAGAACUUUAAUGAAUAAAUGGAAUGAGCUAAAGUACAAAGAUACAAGUCAGAUUUAUUUAGAAAAAGCAGAAUACAUGUUACUACAAGCUCAAGUUGCUGAAGUACAAGCAAGGAUUACAAAGUUAUCUUGUAUUAUGAAAAUGUAUAAGGAAACACCGACAACAGUUGAUGCUUACAAAACACUAAAUGCAGCUUUGGAUGAAAAAUUGUUUACAAUAAUGAAUGAAAUUAAAGAAAAAGAAAAUUUAAAACAACAAUAUGAAAAUUUACAAAACACAGAAUAUGAUGAAAUUCUAAAAACUUAUUUACACUUUUGCAAAGCAAUCAAGAAAAAGAAACAGAUACUAGAAAAGCUUUAAAUUAUUUAAAAUUUAUUCGCAAAAUACAUAAAUGUAUUUUUUAAGUACUUGUAUAUAGAU